GUGUGUGUGUGUGCUUGUGUGUCUGUAACAAAAAAAAAUCAUAUCGAAUGCAAUGGAAAUGGCUUCACUUGCUCAAUACAUUGAUUAGUUGAAACACGUGAGCUUGGAAUGCAAUAUAUCACAGGCAUAGUAGUGGUGGUGCAUAGCCGAUUCUUAUUUAACACGAUCAGUUUGUCUGUGAAAAAGUGAUUGACCAAAAAAAGAAAACCGAACGAUUUUGUAUUCAAAGGAAUAUUUUUCAAUUGUUAUUGUCUGUUUUGAUGGGUGCGCAUAGCUAUCAAAUCGAUUUCAAAGCAUUUACCUUUUGAUAGAUUUAUUUGUGAACGAAACGAAAAAAAAACGUACUGCUCAUCGAUUGCACUUAGUCAAGUUCUUAUCGGCAUGGAUUCGUUUGCACAACAAAUGCUUAGUGAAAUUGACCGUCGCUGUAAAGCGUAUAAAUUUUCAACAACUUCAAUAAGCCUUCAUUACGAAUGCAAUGCGAUUGAAAGUGAAAAUGAAAUCGAUCACGAAGAAGGGGUCGAAUUGGACGAUGUUGUGUCAAAUAGUAGCACAGAACCGGUAUCAAUAACAGCAAAUUUAGAUGAAGACGAAGUGGAAAAACCAAUAAAUUUUGAAACGAUUUACGCAAAUAGCAACAUUAUAAAACGUGAACCGCAUAACAUUUGUACCGUGAAAAAUACGGCUGUACCAGUGGGCCGUAAGCCAGCAUUACCACCAAAGCCGCAAAAAAAUUUCGAAUUAAAUAUUACAAAAUCUAAAGGAUUUGUACAAAAUGCAUGCGCUGCAAUAUUCGAUCGCAAAUCACCGCCCAACAAAAAAGAUCCGGCCGAAAUGUCACUCAAAGAACGCUUGGCAUUGUUUGAAAAGAACAAAGGCAUUGUGUGUUUACCGAAAGCAACGCCCGGCCUGUCAAUAUCAACGAAAAAAAAUGGAACACGGAAUAAAAGCGAUCAAACUAUUGUCACAGCACCACUCAUCACACACACAUCGAUUGACACGUUAAAUGAGGACAAUUCAUUUGUUUCAAGGAAAUCCGAUUAUGCUGAUGGUAUAAAUGGCAUAUCUUCAAUAGCAAAUGGACAAAACAAUGAUUCGGAUAAAACAGAGCGUAUCGAUGCUGAAAGUAAUUUAAGACCAAAACCAAUACCAAAUAUUGUGAAUCAGGUGGAGAAUGUCAAAGUCAUAAUUCAAGAAAGAAGAAGAAAUUCAUCACCAAAAUCACCGCCGCCACCGCCACCAACCAAACAUAGUAAGCAUGAACAUUUUGAAGCGUGCACAAUCGAAAAAGACGAACCGCUUCCUGAAUGCUCUCUGGCAACUAAACGAAAAAGUGUUGAUCUUAUGACGGUCAAUCGCAUUCAAAAUAUGUCAAUGACAGCAUCAUUAUAUGGUGAUCUAACUCCGAUUGUUAUUGCACCGACGAAAAUGAAACCAGACGAAACCAUUGGACUAAAUGAGUUACAUCAUCAUCAAAGUGAACCGAAUGAACAAUUGCUCGACAAUUUCAAUCCGUAUCAACAAAAAGAUGAAGACAGGUGGGAGAAAUUUAUCGAAUGUUUGUUAUUUUUUUGCUGCGUUGGAUGAACGUUUGUAUGGCUAUAUCACUUUAUGUAUUUGUCCAUUCUUGAGGUAUACCUUUUUUCUUUAUCUAUUCUAUCAUUUUCAAUACAUUUUUUGUACAUACUUUGUUUAAGUGAGAAUUUAGUGGAAUUGCAAUCGAUUAGCGGAAAUCAAAAACGUUUUUUUUUGUUCUGGACUUUCGAUUAAUAUUCAUAUCUAUAGGACCUUUCUCGCACGGGUUGUUUUUUUAUAAUAGUUGUGAUGGACGAUAAUCAAAUGAGUUUACAGAAACCGUCAGAAGAUUUUCGCAUUCAUUUGAAUCGAAUGAAUAUUACAGUGCCCAAUAAAUAAAUUAAUUUUUUUCUCUCGGAAUUUGAUAGUUUUUAUAAGCAAACGAUUGAUAAUAUAAUGACAUCACAAAAUUUGAAAAAUUAUUAUAUAAUCACAGACUAUUCAUAACGAUAUUCACCAUGACUUAAAGAGAUAACAUUUCUUUUUAUUUCCAAAUUGUUGAGUAAAAUCAUAUUUAUCCGAAAUUUUGAGCAAAAAUGUUGUAUAAAAAAUAAAUAGGUCAACACAUUCAAUUAUUCAAGCGAACCAUACAGAUAAUGUAUGUCAAUUUCGAAUGUUUCUUUAAAAUAUGCCAAUCGUCAACGUUUUUAUCAUAAUCGAUUGAUCUCAGUUUGACCAAAAUUCUGGCACUAUCGUAAUGUAAUCGAUAAAUACCUUGGAGAUAUUACGAAAAGAUUUUUCCUCAUAUUUAAAGCAGUUUUCUCGUAUCCGGUUUUUUAUGUACUUAUAUACACCUGAUAAUUAUUAGUUGAUGUAAGGGAUGUUUCUUUCUUCUUCAAUUUUGGACAAAUGUAUAGAUUUACCAGGAUAUUUUCAAUUUCAUAUGAAUUCGUGAU